AUGCCUCCAUUCUCUAUUAAGAUAGUGUAUCUUUUAGUCCUCCUUAUUGUAUGUCAAGUGGUAGUGGUAGUGGCAGAGCAGCUUCCAGACUGUAACACGGUAAAACCGUUUCUUGUACAGGAAAUACUUUCAACUCAUCUAGAAGCCAAUGAAAAGGAAGAAAACACAUCAACGAUAGAAACGACAGAAACAACUGAGAAUAUUCAUCCGGGUAUAUCUUGUUUACUUCGCUCUGGUGCGGAUGCAGUAGUUUUGUUAGGAUCACCAGAAGUACGUUUACAAAGUCCACUUCGUGAUCAUGUACCCAAUGUUGGGUCGGCAUGGCGACUGAAUAAUAAUGAUGCACAAAUUGAAAAAGAAGGUAAAAAUACUUCUUUAAUUAACUGGGCUACUGAUGUUUGGAGUAACUUUCGGAUGUACCCUUGGGGUAAUCCAGCGGCUAUAGAACGGUUUUUCUUUCAACGUCAAUUUUCUCUUCGUUUUGUAGUAGAUGCAGGACCUGGUGGUUUAGCGAGUGGUAGUCAAUUGCUUAGUAUGGCCUCCUUUGGUCGUAUCCGUGUAACUUCCUUUACACCCGUAGAAGGUGAAGAAGAGAAUAGUAGUGGUACGAAUGUUAGACGUCUCAUAUGCAAUUUUACAGAUAUUGUUGAGGCACGGCGUGCGGCAAACGUAGACUCUUCCUCAUCUAUGAAUCGUAUAACAGACUAUUUUGGUAUACAAGGUUUAUUUUCACUUAUUUUUGGUGGAGAUAGUUCUUCUCUCUUUUCUGGGGUCUCCACCUCUGUUAAGGCAUUAUCCCCUUCUUUGAAAGCGGUUGGAAAUAUAUACCUUUUUGAGGAACUUGGACCCCAUCGUAAGAGCAGUUUAUGGCUUCCAUCAUGGGUUACCGCAUGGUUUGGGAGUCGACCCAUGGCAACGAAGGAAGUUUUACUUCGUGGGGAUAUGGAUAAUUAUCAGUUUCACUUUGACGUUGAGGUUCCUGUAGCCAAACCUGUGUGUCUUCGUCUUGCCUCAGUUCAUGGUAUUCCCGUAAGCAUUCAUGUGGAGGAGUCCAUUGUAUUUGAUGUGUUUUGGUUGAAGAUGAUGCUUCUCCUCUGCGUUGUGCGGUUGCUGCAGCCGUGGCUGGAGGAGUUGGCGGCCUUCCAGUUGCUCCUCGCGGGGGCCGGCAGUGUGGUGGUGCUCGCGGCCGUCCUUCUCCUCCUCCUCCUCCGCCGGCUGCAGGGCAUGACGCUCGGGAAACUCGGGCUUCUCGCCGUCCUCGCCGUCGGGGGCCUCUCGGCCCUCGCGGAGGGUCUUCUCAGUGCCGCGAGUGCCCUCCUCGCCGCCCACGCCCCGCCGGACGUCCUCCUCCGCGCCGGGUGGAUCGCCCUCCCAGUCGCCAUCGCCGGCGGUUUCCUCGCAAAGAUGCUCUGGGGACCACACCUCCCACUACUCACUCGCGCAGCACUCCGCGCCACAAGGGUGGCUCUACUCACGGCCGCAGCUCUGCAGAACCGAGAGGCAACACUCAUAGCCGUCAUCGCAGCCGUAUUCCUGCGACCGUCAAGACUCUUCGCCAUACUUCUCUGCUGCGCCGGAGCCGGGGCACAUGAAAACACAGAGAAUGACCCUAAAGAGUACUUUCCUAGCGCCGCUCGAAGACCUGUGGCUUAUGCUACACCUCUAUGCGUAGAAGGUCGCGUAGGCGCUGCAAGGACGUUGAGACCCGAAGAGAAAUUAUACUUAUAUGAGGUAAUGGGAAAUGAAUACACAGAACGUGCUCUCGCCCGCCUCGCAAAACGCGUGAAUACAGAUCCGGAGCGCUACACAUCCCGACUACGGGACCCAAAGGGUGUCUCUGAAUGGGCACAAGGAUACCAAUAA